AUGGCUAUGAGUAAGAUUAGGGGGGCCUUUGCGGUCCCCAGAAAAGGAGAGACCUUCGAAUUGCGAGCUGGUCUUGUAUCUCAAUAUGCAUAUGAACGGAAGGAGUCCAUUCAGAAGACCAUCAUGGCCAUGACGUUGGGCAAGGACGUUUCCGCUCUGUUUCCGGAUGUCCUCAAGAACAUUGCGACCAGCGAUCUCGAGCAGAAGAAACUAGUAUACCUCUAUCUCAUGAACUACGCCAAAUCUCACCCGGACCUUUGCAUUCUCGCCGUCAACACCUUCGUACAAGACUCCGAAGACCCGAACCCCCUCAUCAGGGCUCUCGCGAUCCGAACAAUGGGAUGUAUCCGCGUGGACAAGAUGGUGGAUUAUAUGGAGGAGCCCCUCCGCAAGACGCUUCGCGAUGAGUCGCCAUAUGUCCGUAAGACCGCCGCGAUUUGUGUAGCGAAGCUCUUCGACCUGAACCCCGCUAUGUGCCUGGAAAACGGCUUCCUGGAGAUGCUGCAAGAGAUGAUUGGUGAUCCUAACCCCAUGGUUGUCGCCAACUCCGUCACCGCACUGUCCGAAAUAUACCAUGCUGCCCCUGAAACGCAAGCCCUCAAGGUGACCUCCAACACUCUGCGCAAACUUCUCAUGGCCUUGAACGAGUGCACGGAAUGGGGUCGAGUCACGAUUUUGACUACUCUGGCCGAGUACAGAACCAAUGAAGUGACUGAAUCUGAACACAUUUGCGAAAGGGUUGCUCCCCAAUUCCAACAUGCCAAUCCUAGUGUUGUCCUGGCGGCCGUUAAAGUGGUAUUCCUCCAUAUGAGGAACGUCAACUAUGAGCUGGCGAAGAAUUACCUGAAGAAGAUGGCUCCCCCACUUGUAACGCUGGUGUCGUCGGCGCCCGAAGUCCAGUAUGUUGCUUUACGGAACAUUGAUCUGUUGUUGCAGAAGCAGCCUGAUAUCCUGAACAAGGAACUGCGGGUCUUCUUCUGCAAGUACAAUGAUCCACCUUAUGUUAAGUUCCAGAAGCUGGAGAUUAUGGUCCGCAUAGCCAACGACCGCAACGUCGACCAGCUCCUGGCAGAGCUGAAGGAGUACGCGCUGGAGGUGGACAUGGACUUUGUGCGUCGUGCCGUCAAAGCUAUCGGUCAGGUCGCCAUCAAGAUCGAGAGCGCCAGCGAAAAGUGUGUCAACACCCUGCUGGACCUCAUUAACACCAAGGUCAAUUAUGUGGUGCAAGAGGCGAUCGUGGUCAUCAAGGACAUCUUCCGCAAAUAUCCCGGCUACGAAGGAAUCAUUCCCACUCUCUGCAAGUGCAUCGAUGAACUGGAUGAACCUAAUGCGCGCGCUGCGCUCAUCUGGAUUGUUGGUCAGUAUGCGGAGAAGAUCAGCAACGCGGGUGACAUUCUUGCUGGUUUCGUGGAAGGCUUCAAUGAGGAGUUCUCUCAGACCCAGCUGCAGAUCUUGACCGCUGUCGUCAAGCUCUUCCUCAAGCGGCCCGAGAAGGCUCAGGGGCUUGUCCAGAAAGUGCUGCAGGCGGCCACGGCUGAGAAUGACAACCCCGAUGUCCGCGAUAGGGCUUACGUGUAUUGGCGUUUGCUGUCCAACACGAGCGACCCCAAUGCUACGAAGAACAUCGUAUUGUCUGACAAACCGCCGAUCGUCACCACAAUCCACUCUCUUCCCCCGAAUCUCCUCGAUCAGCUACUGAGCGAACUAUCCACCCUCGCAUCUGUCUACCACAAGCCUCCGGAGCAAUUCGUUGGACAGGGCAGAUUCGGUGCAGAUGCCGUGCAAAGAGCUGCCAUCGAGGAACAAAUCCAAAACGCUCGGGAGAAUCCGUUGGCGGCAGCGGCGGCAGCAGCAGCAGCUACUGGCAGUGCUCCGCCUCCGCAAGCCCAGAGCAACGUCGAGAAUUUGUUGGAUAUCGACUUCGAUGGCACCGCGCCGGCAUCUGCUCAGAAAGAACCGGGCGCUGGGAUGUCAGGUCUCGAAGGCCUUGCUGGAACGCCCGUGCGGGUGGAAUCUCCGGCCGCAGGGGCACCUUCUGGAAGCAACAACCUGGACGACCUGCUCGGAGUUUUUGGCGAUGGCGCCGCCGCCGCCGCCGCCCCAGCCAGCGGGAGCGGUGCUCCCAGUGGCGGUGCUGGUGCAGACUUGAUGAAUGGCUUUGAGGGGCUGGACCUGUCUGGAGGUGGCAUGGCUUCACCACCUCCUGGAGGAAGCCAACCAAAGAAGACAAACGAGGAUAUUUUGUCGUUAUUCUGA